GGCUUAGUCUCUAGCGUGACGGAGACAGCGUCCAGGACUACAUGGAUGAUCUUGGUGAUGAGGAUAUGCAGCUGCCCGGGUUUUAUAGCUUUGACGAGUCGGUCGUGUUUAAACUGCUCGAGCUAUACGGCAUGGAAAUGAUGGACUUCCGCAGCCUGCCGGAAUCGAAUUGGUUUCACAGCGGAUGGCCCAUAGAACGUGUUACGCCGGACAAGAUGCUUCAGGUUACGAAGCGGGUGGCGAGGUUGUUGGUGCUUGGCGCCGGCGUGACGAACUCCGGGCUGUCCGCCGCCGGUCAGACAUCCAUCCCCGGUUCUGCAACAGUGGGGGGUGCGCGCGCCAUGUCAGGCAUGGACCCUUCAGGGGCGGCGAGUGGGCCUUCGGGAAACCGUGGAAGGAAGCCCCGUGCCAAGACCAAUAAGCUCGCCGAGGAUGGGCUAGAUAGCUUCAUGGAGCGACAGGUGGCUGACGCUCGGGCACUCGCCGAUCAGAAACGUGAAGAGGACGAGAGGAGGCGGGCGGCGGAAGCUAAACGAGAAGUAGGGAGGAGGCAAGAGCUCCUGGACAUGAUGGCCCACGAGAGGGCAAUGCGGGAAGAUGAAAGGAACACGACAGACAAGAGCGUGAAGUGGAGAGGGCGGCUGCACGGGCAGAGCAAAAGGCAGAUCGUGAUCACCAAAUCAGGAUGAUCCAACUCCAGGUAGACCUGGCGAAGGCGAAGGGCAUCAAUAACUAGCUAGCUGGUUUGGGUUGCUGUUGCUGCAGUUGCUAGGGCAUGCGUUGCAUGUAUUUAUUUUUCAACAGCAGGCUCUUCAAAAAAAUAUCGUGGCGUCCGUUGCGCCUUGCGCGUUUUUUUCAGGGGGGCUUGCCUGUUCGGGGUAGGGAAAAAUGGGAAUAGGUUUUCGCCCAUGCUGCU